AAAAAUAACAGAAGCUACUAGAAAUGUUGACUACUUUCAGGAGCACCUGAAAGCUAUCGGCAGAGUGAAUUAGGAGCGGAAGAUACCUGGAGUAUCAAUCUAUAUAUUGCCAGGACUCCAUUCUGCAGUUUCUUCGAGAACGAAACAAGGGACAUUAAGCGAAACCAUCAGCCUUGCUAGUCAUCUGCUCCGCAGCUAGCUCAACACCACACGAAACCUAGAAAUUUACGAACACUAUUAUCUUCGUCAGGGUUGAAAUAACGCUUGUAUGAUGGCGGUUGAGGAAUGUGCCAUUAUCGAAUCUUCUACGGUGAUAGAUGGAGAGAUUUCUGAAGGGUCGACCUCACCGUUAUCUAUGAAAUUGGUGGAAAAUCUCAACCUUCUGGAGAGCCGCCUAGAGGGUAUAGAGAAGAAGUACCAAGAGCUUUUAGCGAAACAAGGACACUCAGAGAGUGAGACGAAAGAAAAAAAGGAGGAAAAGGAGGAUAAAGCAACGGAGGAUGAUAAAGGAAAGGAGAAAAACAAGGACAAAAAAGACACAACAGAAUCCGAGCUAGAUGAGAACGCCCCCCUAAUUCCUAGUCUGAAUCGUCUCUCCUGGCCGCAAUGGGUCAAACUUCAACUUUCCGAAAGGGAAUGGGAAAACAAGAGCGACGAGCAAAAGAAGAAAGAUAUCAAAAGACGAAAAACGAAACCUAAAUCAUUUGUUAUCGAUGUUGUCGCUGACAUGGGUGACUUGGGACUGCCAACCAACACAGAGAAGAAGAUCCCAGCUAAAUACUCCGAAAUCCCUUACCGCAUCCGCAUUAAUUCUGAACACAUAUUAGAUGUCCUCAAUGAAACCGCCAAUGUGGUUUUACCGCAGAAGUGUCAGUUACUGCACCCUUACAAAAUCAUUGUCGACAACUUGGAAGAAAUAAAAGGAUAUGAAAAAACUUUAGAAGAAGAGUUGACAAACGCAAAGACGGCUCUUGCUUUUAAGGCCAAUGAUAGCGAGACCGAGGCCCUGGAGACAAAGCCAGAGCCACCUCUCAAGGAAAGCAAUGGGACUCCUCCGACAGAGAAAGAUCAAACCCCUCCCAGCAAAAGCAAGGCAUCCAAGAGUAAAGAAGAGGAAGAUGUCGAGCUUGUGCAAGAAAAGAUAGCGCACUAUCGGUGCUUUAUCGAGCUCCUUGAGACGAACCUAGCACCAGAAAUUGAAGUGGCCAAUUCCAUCAAGGACGGAACGGCAGAGAAGAUUUUAUUCUGUCAUCUAUGGCAUCUUUUCCCACCAGGAGAAACCAUUUACUAUCAAAGUCAAAAUCGAAAUGAGCCGCCACAAGCAACUCAAGUUAUGAAGGUUAGUGGAGGCCGGGCUAAACUCCCAAAUUCAACCAAGGGUUUCCGUUGGUAUAGACCUGAGGAUGUGAACGCGCUUCACAAAGUGUCUCCAUUCACAAUUGACGCAUUUCAUCUUGAUUUUGAUGGAAAGAAGUUUCGUCUUAUCCAAGUGAAGCACGAAAUCCCGAGGUUUACUGGGGAAAUACCAAUCACCUCUUUGAAAGUGUUUCCUAUUCGCUUUUUUUCGGAGCAAAAAAGAACCGCAGCAAUGCAAUUACUCUUGAAUAGAGGGUUGAAUUUCCGAAGCUUGACCACAGUAGGCGUAGCUCACCGUGAGUAUCGGGGUAUGAGCCUUGAUCUUGAAAGAGAAGAUAUAGACAGUCGAGUCAUCAUCGACUUCAAGCUAGCCCCUGUUAUUAAUCAACCCUCUCAACAGAUAGAUGAAGAUGACCAUCAGAACGACGGUAUGGGCCGAACCUUUGGACUCCGCCCCUUAAGCCAAACUAAAGAGACCGAAGUUACGGAGGUGUUCGGAAUGUUUGAAGAUCCUGACUUAACUCUCUAUAAUGAUCAUAUUUACGACUGCGAUAAAACAGAUAAACUUUUCUCUAAACAUAGAUUUCUCAGCGCUCCGUCACAGGAGAUGAAUUCCGAAGAUCUGACGGACGAAGAGCUGCGUCUUCUUCCGGGUGCGGUUUAUGCAUACAUUCUUCGCAGCAGGAAGUAUUGUAGAUGCGACAUUAACUUGAUCAAAGAGAUCACUUUGAAUAAGGAGGCUUUCGACGAUUUGGUCCUACCAGAGAGUUACAAGAAUUUGAUCAAGUCCUUGAUUGGUCAGCAUUCUAUGGGAUCUAGACCGGUGGAACAGAAGACCGAGGAAGAGCGUCCAGUAAUUAACCGGGCAGAUUCACAGUUGAUUAGCGAAAUAAAUAGCCAGCAGGAUACUCUCAGCAUUGUAAAGGGCAAGGGCGGAGGCCUUAUAAUCUUGCUGCAUGGCGUUCCUGGGGUUGGUAAAACCUCGACUGCUGAGACAAUCGCCGAAGCUACUGGAAGACCGCUUUUACUUGUGACAUGUGGUGAUGUUGGAGGUACUGCUGCUGAGGUAGAGAGGAAUCUGGAGCAAAUCUUCACAAAUUCGCAUCGUUGGGGUUGCGUGCUCUUGCUUGAUGAAGCCGAGGUCUUCCUCGCUAAGAGGAAUUUGCAAGACCUGACACGAAAUGCCAUGGUGUCAGUCUUUUUGCGCGUUCUAGAGUUUUACUCGGGCAUUCUGUUCCUGACAACUAAUCGUGUCGGUACUAUCGAUGAGGCAUUUAAGUCCCGUAUCCAUAUAAGCUUAUAUUACCCUCCACUUGACUGGAAAACGUCCAAGUUGAUUUGGCAAGUUAACCUGAAACGCUCACAAUCGAGAGUAGACGUUGAUAAAGAUGAAAUUCUCGGAUUUGCAAAAAAGCACUUCUUCCGCUCUGACGAGAACAGCCGAUGGAAUGGUCGCCAGAUAUACAACGCUUUCAAAACGGCAAUCGCACUAGCCGAGUUUGAGGGGCAAAAUAACGGUGGUAAAGAAGGCCAGAAGCCGACAUUGACAGCAUCCCACCUGCGCCAAGUCAGCCGUGUAGCUAAAAAGUUUGAUGAAUAUCUUCUCGAAACCCAGGGCGGUGAGACAUUAGCAGCCAUGAACCAGCAGCAGCAAGUCCGAGCAGACAAUUUUGGGCUGGACGACCAAAUACAGAAGCUGAAGCGUCGCCCAACGAAGAAUCGUACGCUGGAUCUGGACGAGCUGCCGUCCACCUCUGAAGAGGACUCGGAUGGUAGCAUUAACUUCUCCGCACCUAGCGAGGAGGAAACUGACUCUGAUAAGGACAAAAGGAAGUCAAAGAAGAAGACUGACUCUUCGAAAAAGAAGAAAAGUGAAAGCAAAAAGCGCAAGUCGAAAAAACGCUCCAAAAAUCAAGAAGAUACCACAUCAGAUGCUUCGUCAUAAGACUUCAUAUUUGCGAAUGAGUUUUGAAGCUAAGGGUGUGAAACUUGAGUUAAAUCGCUUCUGUAGUGUUAAUCGGAAUGUAUUUAUCAUAUGUUUAUUUUUUCAUAUAGAGCCUAUAAUAAGUAUAGAACUACUACUAGAGCUGAGAAUUAUAUCU